CCCCCGGCACAUACACACGGAGAGGAGCUCCAUGCAGCCGAGAGAGUGAGACGAGUGACUAUUCAUCGAUGAUUUAAAUAGUUGUUUGGUGUAUUAGUUACCAGUUACCAGUGUUGUGUGUCAUUUUAAAAGCCUAGCCUACCGCUCAUUAAGUUUUAAUAGAAGAGAAGCCCAGCUAGCCAGGUAAUGAACUGCUAUCUCGGUUGGCAACUCACACAAAUGUUCAACGACAGCUACUAGCCAACCAACAACUGGAGCUGCUGGAGGACCUAAAUCGGGGGGUUUGCACAAAAGAGCCCUGACUUGAGAGACGGCCGGUGCCAAAAAGUGAGGCGAGAGAAAAGAAAGCCCAGGGGGCUCCAGCUCAGACUCCAGGACAGCUCGGUGGUUUCUCUGCUCAGACGCAUCCAACUCAUCAAGUUUUUACUAAUGGUUUAAUAGGGUGUUGAUUCGGUCUCUCAGCCAUGCCCUCAGUGAUGGAGCGCUCUGGGUCAGGAGUAUUGUCCCGCAGCAGGGCCAAAACAGCCACCAACGGCAACAGCCAGCACUCAGAGGAGGAGAGCAGUGAUGAGGAACAUUCGCAUGACAGCAUGAUCCGUGUUGGCGCAGACUACCAGGCACAAAUCCCUGAGUACAAACCAGACUGCGAGUCUCGCUACAGUGACAAAGACCAGAGAAGUAUGCUUGUGUGGUCGCCCAACAGUCAGGUGUCUGAUGCCAUGCUGGAUGAAUACAUCCUGUUGGCCAAAGAGAAGCAUGGCUACAAUAUGGAACAGUCUCUAGGCAUGCUACUGUGGCACAAGCAUGAUGUGGAAAAGUCACUAGCUGAUUUGGCCAACUUCACACCUUUCCCAGACGAGUGGACUGUGGAGGACAAGGUGCUGUUUGAGCAGGCCUUCAGCUUCCACGGCAAGAGCUUCCACCGCAUCCAGCAGAUGCUACCAGAUAAAUUAAUUUCUAGCUUAGUGAAGUAUUAUUACUCCUGGAAGAAGACAAGGACCCGCACCAGCGUCAUGGACCGCCAGGCCCGCAGACUAGUCAGCAAGAGAGAGAAGGAUGACAGUAAUGAUGAGAUGGAGGAAGGGGAGCCAGGAAGUGACAGUGACUUUGAGAUCGACACAAAGAAAGAGACCAAGCAGUCUUCUGGGGCUGGAGGUGGGAGUGAAAGGGGCUCUGCGAGAUCAGGCCCUACACGAAAGGAGAACCAGGGUUCUCAGUACCGGCAUCACCCACUAAGGGCACGCCGUAGACCCCCUAAAGGCAUGCACCUGGACCAGGAUGACAUCACUGCUGUCUCAGCCUCCUCGGAGUCAGGGGCCAUCUCCAACCGACAGCUGGACACUCAGCUAGUGUCUCUGAAGAGACAGGUUCAAAGCAUCAAGCAAGCAAACAGCGUUCUCAAGCUCAGCUUGGCAGAUGGCGUUGAUGCUAUGAGACCAACUGAGCCUACCCCCAAGAUUAACUCUCGCUGGACAACAGAGGAGCAGCUCCUGGCUGUACAGGCCAUCAGGCGCUACGGUAAAGACUUUGCAGCCAUAGCUGAUGUGAUUGGGAACAAGACUGUUGGUCAGGUGAGCUCAUUCUUUGUCAGCUACCGACGACGCUUCAACCUAGAGGAAGUGCUACGAGAGUGGCAGGCGGAACAGGACGUGCUCCGGGGAAGCAAUGAGACCGUGAAAGACCUGAACGGAACCACAGGAGCGGAAGAGGAUGAGGCCAAGAUUGAUGGCAUCUCCCCUUCAGGCUCGGGGAGCCCCUCUCCCUCUGAAGCAGCCAGUAACCCCAACUCCAACCAGUCCUCUCCCCCUCUGACCCAACCCCCACCUUUACUUCGCCCUACUCCCCCCUCCGCGCCCCCAAGCCUGCUACGACAGCCUCCUCCCCUCCAGACGCGGCCCCUGCAGAACCGCACUCCACACAACCAUCCCCCACCUCCACUCAUUAGACCUGCAGUGGCAUCAUCCCUCCACCAGGGGGGGCUGAGGAACUCUCCUGGAGCCUCAGGUGGUCAGCUGCCUCCUUCUCUGGUGGGCCUUAAGGUGGAGUCCCCGCACUCACACUGAUCACUAAACUGAAGUUGUCCUUUUGCAGUGAUCUGGGAACAGUGUUGAAUAUUAGGAUGUUGUUGAGAACUGAUUUUAGACCACUGUUAAAGGUCAACUUCUCCAAAGUGCUCUCAAUGAUGGGGAGAUGUUCAGGAGUGGCAAGAGAGGUUGAAAAUAGACAUGCAUUCCUAUAGCUGUUCAAGCAGAUAAGAUGAGUCAGAGAUGGUGACAAACAUACUGACAGGUAGAAUGAGUCAGCAGUACUGCUUGAACAAUGCUGUAAGAAACCAUUCUCCUUCCCUGCAACAGUAAAGAGAAUCCCCAUCAAACACCAGUACACACAACCAGACAGCAGCCUCACUCAUCUAACACAGCAAAAAAACAAAACAAAAAAAAACCUCAGUCUAAACUUGCCAAAAUAGAGAAUAUACCUCAGUGUGCCCACUCACCACCAUUUCCACAGUAACUGUGGGCAGAUCAACAGCCACAGCAAUGACCUUUGACAAACCGCAUGUAACAACAGAAAGUGUCACUGAUACUUGAACCAAAAAAAAAAAACCCUUCAGAACUUAUACACUGGAUCGUCAUGGUAAUUAAAUGGUUUAA